AUGCACUCUCUGGGUCUCCUCGCGUUCGCGGCGGCCGUUCAGGCGGCUCCGCAGGGUUUUGGUGGCGGCGGCGGCGGCGGCGGCGGCGGCGGAGCCAUGCUGCGCUUCGGCUGUGCGCAGGCCGUCAUCGACCGAAUUGAUCCCCUCGUCGACCCCGGCCAGGUCCCGUCGCCGCACGUCCACCAGGUCGUUGGCGGAAACGCCUUCAACGCGACCAUGGCGGUCACGGACAUCUCCAAGGUGGCCAGCUGCACGACUUGCACCUUCUCCGAGGACCUGUCCAACUACUGGACCGCCAACGUCUACUUCCGCGCCCGCAACGGCAGCUACAAGCGCGUGCCGCAGAUGGCCAACGCCCAGAUCGGCGACGCCAACGGCGGCCUGACCGUCUACUACACGGCCCCGGGGCCCAAGCAGGUGACGGCCUUUAAGCCGGGAUUCCGCAUGUUCUCGGGCGACCCGAAUCGGCGCAAGUCGGCGGGCCUCGGCAAGAACAUGCAGAGCUGCUACCGGUGCUUUACGGGGCCCAACUUUGGCGGCAACACCAUGUCGCCGUGCAUGGACCCCAAGAUAGACAGCGAGGGCUUCCCGUCGACCCCGUGCCCGGGCGGUAUCCGGUCGAGCGUCAUCUUCCCGCUCUGCUGGGACGGCAAGAACCUCGACAGCGCGAACCACAUCGACCACGUGGCGGCGCCGACGGGCGGCCCGGCGUCGUUUGCCGUCACCAACGGCAAGUGCCCGGCGUCGCACCCCGUCAAGAUUCCGCAGAUCCACUUUGAGAUUGUCUGGGACACGCGCGCGUUCAACAACAAGGCCGACUGGCCCGCGGACGGCUCGCAGCCGCUGGUGCUGAGCCACGGCGACACCACGGGCUUUGGCCAGCACGGCGACUACGUGUUCGGGUGGAAGGACGACGUGCUGCAGCAGGCCAUGGACAAGAGCUGCUUCGGGGCGACGUGCAGCGCGCUCAAGGCGCAGGCGUUUGGCGCGGCGAACAAGUGCACGGUCAAGACGGCCGUCAAGGAGAACACGGACGGCUGGCUCGACCGCCUCCCUGGACAGGGCAUGGACAUGCCGGGCAUGAGCGCGUGA